AUGUCGUCACUUGCCUUUAGAUCAUUGAAAAAUGGGUUGGGCUUGAAAAAUACCGUUAGAGCCUUGUCUACAUCGACAUCUAAUUUAACCAACUACCAGCACCCAGACUACUCAUCAUACUUGAACAACAAGACUCCACAAGCAAGUAGAAAUUUCACCUACUUUAUGGUGGGUUCGAUGGGUUUGUUAUCUGCAGCUGGAGCCAAAUCAAGUGUCGAUGCUUUUCUUUCUUCUUUAGCAGCAUCUGCUGAUGUGUUGGCCAUGGCAAAAGUUGAGGUGAAAUUGGGCGCAAUACCAGAAGGUAAAAACGUGAUUGUCAAGUGGCAAGGUAAGCCAGUUUUUAUUAGACACAGAACACCAGAGGAAAUAGAAGAGGCCAACGACGUGGAUCUAAGUAAAUUGAGAGACCCUGAAACAGAUGCUCAACGUGUAAAAAAACCAGAAUGGUUAAUUAUGUUGGGUAUUUGUACGCAUUUGGGUUGUGUUCCUAUUGGUGAGGCUGGUGAUUACGGUGGAUGGUUCUGUCCAUGUCAUGGUUCCCAUUACGAUAUUUCAGGAAGAAUUAGAAAGGGACCAGCACCAUUGAACUUGGAAAUCCCUGCAUACGAAUUCACCGAUGACCUGACCUUAAUUGUUGGUUAA